GCUGAGAGUAGCCAGCAGGCUGCAUUUUACAAAGCGACUGGGAAGGGAUGACUGGACCAUUCUCAUCUCCUGCUUGUUCUCGGUGAUACUCUCGAUAACCAUGAUUAUUGGUACGCUCCUUUGAGCCUAAGAAUCUUUUCAGCUGUCCAGUUGUGUUAACUCCACUUCAGUUUGCAAAUGGGCAUUUGGGAAACAUAUGAAACAGCAAGAUCUUCUUCUUGUUCAGAAGUCAUUGAAGGUGCGUUUCACAUUUUCUAGACAUCAUACCCUCGAAGUGUUGUGCGUGUCAACAAAUUUAUGCUGAUAAAACGCUCUAUUAACAUAAACAUAGCUUUAUGUAGGAGCCCAAGUCGUAUAUAAGGUGACAAUUGCUCUAUCCAAAAUAUCGAUCAUUUUUCUGUAUCUACGUAUAUUCGUUGGUAAAAUCUUCCGUCGAACGUGUUGGUCUCUUAUCUGGAUUGUUAUCUGUUAUACGAUUGGGUCGUCAACAGCCACUGUCUUUCAGUGUACUCCGAUUCACCGUGCCUGGCAAAGACAAGUCCCCGGAACCUGCAUCAAUCUCACAAUCAGCUGGUAUUCAAACGCGGCCUUCAGCAUAUUAAGUGAUCUGGCUAUAUUGAUAUUGCCCAUGCCAGUUAUAAAAUCUCUCCUAUUACCCAAAAAGGAAAAGAUUGGGUUGAUGUCAAUAUUUGCGGUUGGUAUUUUCGUUUGUAUCACGAGCGUGCUCAGAUCCAUGAAAUUAGAUGUUGCAACUAAAAAUUUCGACGUAACAUGUGCGUGCAAAGCUGCUCAUUUUCUCUCCUAUCCCCACCCGUUUGCUGCACGGAGACUUAUGCACAGACCGAGCAAUGCUUUCCGUGAAUUGUAGGGUCCUCGAUCGACUCUUCAAUGUGGACUAUCUUCGAAACGAACAUUGCAAUCAUAUGCGCCUGUAUGCCGACAUUCAAAGCGCCUAUUUCCAAAAUCUUUCCUCGGGCUUUCGACUCCUUCUAUAGCGCUAGAGGCGGUCGGGAAUCGAAGGACGAUUCGUAUCUCGGCGCAUUUGUACAUCGUAGUCAAGCGCCAGUAGUGAAAGUGCCCUUUUAUAGCCUUACCAUGCCCAGGUUUAUCGGGUGGGAGCUGGUAGUGGAGAAGUUGGAGCUUUGGGCAAAACGAAUGGGCAAUGGAAGCAGUAGUAGUUUCGAAGCCGGGAAAGGUGGCGAUACCUUUACGAUUUCAAACGGCAGUACGGUAGCCGGAGAAAACUGUCAGGGAAAAAGUGAAUGCAGUGAAGUUGAAACUCCAGGUGACUUGGAAUACGGCAAGCGCUCGACUGUGACCCUUCAGGAAAGCACGAAGCAGACGGCUCUUUAACUAUCGUGUGAUUAUUUUCGAAACGAUUGAUUGAUCAGUGCACUAGUAUAAUGGAACUACAUACCCAUCCUCUCAAAUCGCGGUAUUGUGAAAUGGUAGGAUAAAAGAAUUUUGCCACCGGAUAUGCCAGAGGGAAGACAACGGGAAACGCCAUUGUCAAGGAGCAGGUGAAGCUACUUUUCCAGUCAAAGCGAAUGGCUUCCAAUGAAUUACGUACAGUACAAAUUAUGUGAAGAUAGCCCCAUACCAUUAAUCGACGUAGCAAUCGAGUUUUUUGACAUUUUUGUUUGGUAGAGAUUCCAUG